AUGAACACUACAUUGAAAUUGCCAGACCAAGCCUCAAAGGCCUCUGACUCGAUGCCGCCACCAUCAGCUCCAGUUCAACGUCCACAGCCAGCGAUAACUCCUCAAGCAUACGGUGUUCCACCAACACCACAAGCAGUACAAACACCUAGCCAUGCUGACACUGGUAUGACACACGCUCAGAACAUUGUCCCUACGCUUCAGAACAUUGUUGCAACCGUCAACUUGGAUUGUAGGCUCGAUUUGAAGACUAUCGCUCUGCAUGCUCGUAACGCAGAGUACAAUCCAAAGCGUUUCGCUGCUGUCAUAAUGAGAAUAAGAGAUCCAAAGACAACAGCGCUGAUUUUCGCAUCUGGUAAAAUGGUAGUUACCGGUGCAAAGUCCGAAGACGAUUCCAAGCUUGCGUCAAGAAAGUACGCUCGUAUCAUCCAGAAGCUCGGAUUUGAUGCAAAGUUUUCUGAGUUUAAGAUUCAGAACAUAGUCGGUUCUUGUGAUGUCAAGUUCCCAAUUCGUUUGGAAGGACUUGCAUAUACACACGGUCAUUUCAGUUCAUACGAGCCUGAAUUGUUCCCUGGUCUAAUCUACAGAAUGGUCAAACCAAAAGUAGUCCUCUUGAUUUUCGUUUCAGGAAAGAUUGUCCUAACAGGUGCAAAAGUUCGUGAAGAGAUCUACACAGCAUUCAACAAUAUCUAUGCUACACUUCUUGAUUACCGCAAGCCAUAA